ACGCCCUUUCACGACACUUGACUAUCCUUUCGCUAUGAAGUCUCUCCGCAAGUCAUUGAAUGGCAACAAAGAUCACCAUCACAUCUCUACCCCUUCUUCUCCCCUCCCCGCCCUCUCCAAACCGUCCACCGCCGUUCAACCUCCCAAGAAGGUCAUCAGGGCUCUCGGUCCCUACAAGUCCAACGCACCACAGGAACUCUCUUUUGAAAAGGGCGACUUCUUCCAUGUCUUGCACGAUAACGGUGGAUUGUGGUAUGAAGCUCACAAUCCAAUGACCGGUUCACGAGGGCUUGUCCCUUCGCACCUCUUCGAGGAAUUCACCAAGGGCGCUGCUACCCCCCGUUCUCCCAAACUCGCUACCCCAACCGAGCGACUGUCCCAUAUCUCUCCCGCACAAACUUCCCCCAAACUGAAGACAUACUACGCUAUCGUUCUGCACGACUUCGCUGCCGAGCGCGCAGACGAGCUUGACGCCAAGUCGGGAGACCCCGUCACUGUCGUCGCUCAAUCGAACCGCGAGUGGUUCGUCGCGAAACCCAUAGGUCGCCUCGGCCGACCAGGUUUGAUCCCCGUAUCAUUCGUCGAUAUUCGUGACCCCGCCACAGGUCUGCCGAUCAACGACGUUCAGCAGCUCAUUGAUAGCGGAGAGCUCCCACGAGUAGAGGAAUGGAAGAGGUCCAUCUUGAACUACAAGGCGAACAGCAUCCCUUUGGGCGUUCUCGACGAUCCCUCUUCGACAAUUUCUCCAGCACCGCGGACGUCAUCAGCGCCGCCAGAGCCUGCGAUUAUGAUACAAGGCGCGACGCCGCUUCCGGCGCAGACGGUGCAACAGAUUCCCGAAGAGCAACCUCGUCCUCUCACGCCCAAGCUGCUGCCGGAAGGUAUCCUCCUGUCUGCCGAGAUCAAGUCAUAUCACUACGAAGCGGAGGAGUAUUGGUUCCGGGUUCACGCCGUUUACCAGCCGUAUGGACAAUCCCGCACAAGCACUCUUCCUCCUGCAAAGGAACUCGUACUCUUCCGUUCCUACAACGACUUCUACGACUUCCAGGUUGAGCUACUUGAGACCUUCCCCUACGAAGCCGGCCGUCCAGACUCCGGCACCCGGAUACUACCAUACAUGCCCGGCCCGGUCGAUGUUGUCGACAACACCAUCACUAUGACCCGGCGAGCCGAAUUGGAUGAGUAUCUCCACAAGCUCUGCGCUCUCAAGACCUACGCUCGGUACAUCCUUGAACACACCCUAGUCCGCUCGUUUUGUGCUCUAAAGCCUGGCGAUGGUGAGGUGAACGUUGAACCACGACGUGGCGAGAUUGAUGCUCUCCGCAAGUCCUCGUACGACGAGGAGCGUCGCAGCUAUGCAGACUCGAACGCUGCUGUAGAACAGAUGUCCCGCUUGCGUGUCUCGGCACACGAGCAGAACCGGCUUAGCGACGCGUCUCGAUACGAAGAGGACACAGUUGAAGGCGAACCAUACUAUGCGCAAUCCAACGGAAGGGUCGAUGCCUCGUCUCGAAGCUCGUCUCGUACAGGUCAUCAACGCGUAGAGUCAACGAACUCGUACAGGCAACCUACCAAUGGCGCGCCACCCCGCGGACAUUCCCCUAACCCAUCCAUGUCUUAUUCUCGCACCCAUUCUCCUGCUCCCAGUCGUUCCGGCGAUCUCUCUCGCAGUCGGACACCACUCGAGAUCGACCCAUAUGAGGCGAAUGCCGCAUCACGCUCCUCGCUCGCUUCCUCACACGACCCGUCACCCGUAUCAAUACGCUCCUCACAGGCAGGUUCUGUGCAGACCGCAGCAACGUCUGCGUCCGGACGAUCGCGCUCAGCAUCGAACGCAGCGUACAACCCACCCAUCUCCGCCACCAACCCGAACGCUGCGUUCCUGAAGAUCAAGAUAUUCGACCGGGUAUCGGACGACCUCGUCGCGAUCCGUGUCCAUCCCAAGGUCACGCACGGGCAGCUCAUGGACAAGGUACAGGCGCGGCUUGGCGGCAACGUGCUGGCCCUUCGGUACCGCGACAGCCUGAGCAACGAGUUUGUCCCGCUGGAGAGCGAAGGCGACCUCCGGAACUGGCUGGAUAGUACAGACCGACACGUCUUGUACGCCGAGUGAGUCCUCGGGACCUGGUUGGAGUGGUUGGGAGCGGUGGAGCCUGUCAUGACACUUUUCUUUCUGACUUUCGAUUGUCAGCGCGCGAGUUGCGUCCGACGUACAUACGAUUACUAUUGCAGUACGUGCAUAAUGUCUCCGUUCUUGUCUAGUUACGCCUCGCCACACGGUCAUUCCUCUGAUUUCGUUGCUUAAGCCCUAUUUUAUUAGCCUGCGCCCUUCCAUGUGCAUCUCUAUACUCGCGUUCUCCACCUCACUCUUCCCUAGUAUUGGUAAUCUCCUGGAUAUGGCUCCCGGCGUGAUAGCUUUGUGUGUGCACAACCAUGUAGUGCCCUGUAUCCCGAUGCUCUCUGUACUACCGAUUCCUAGUUCUGACAUCAUUGCUACCGACUUCUAUCGCC